CACAGAGAAUUGAAAGAAACUCGUCAUUCCUUCAUCUUAUAUAACGAUCAAGCUCGCUCUACUGACUCAGUCUCUGUCUGUGUAGUUUGGUGAGUUACUAGUUGACUUUAAAGCAAGAAGUAGAAUGGCCAUGCUGGGUUGCUACGUGUGUGGUGGGGUCCAUUUGUUCUUUCUCACACAAUGAGAUUGCCUGGAUUGGAAUCAGAAUAUAUUCUUAGUUUCUUCAAGGAAAAGAUUGAAACUUUGGAAUUGUGGGAAACAACCACCGCUUCAAUCCAGAGGUCUUUUCUGAGGUUGUUUGUUGUUUGUUGUAUUGCGGACAGCAUUUUUAUGGCUGAAUAAAACCAAGAAAAAUAAAAUAAAUACCCACUUCUACUUGACCUGGGUAUCUACAAGAAUCUUCACCACAACGGACUCGGAUUUGAAGGCCGGGCACACAAGACUUGAAUUCUUGCCAAUAUUAAUGAGUUUUCGAACCUAAAGGUUGGGGGAUACAGCGGAACUGAAUCCGGAAAGUGAGGCUUCUGCAAGGGGCUGUAAUGGAUGAUGGCGUUCUGUCACCAGCUACCAUGCUGGGAGCUCAACCUGAUUCCGCUAUGGAUUUGGAUUUCAUGGAUGAACUCUUCUUAGAGGGAUGCUGGUUGGAAGCGAGAGAUGGACCUGAGUUUCCUAAUCAGAGCCUCCCCAAUACCCCCUUGAACCCCUCCUUUUUUUGGCAUACGUUGGAGACCAAUGGCAAUAUGGCCAUGACCCCGUCUCAAAACAGUAAUCAAGAGGAGAUGCAAACCCCAUUCUUUAAACAACUCGAGGAAGGUCCUGUGAAUCCUCAGUCUCCUUGCCAGAGUAUGAUAGAAGAUGUUGUGGCCUACUCUGGUCAAUCAGAGGAUCCUACAAUAGGUCGUGAAUUGAGCAGAAGGUGGUGGAUUGGUCCCACUGGAAAUGAUGGGUCUGCAUCAUCUGUGACGCAGAGAUUAAUGACGGCACUCAUGUACAUCAGAGAGGUCAUGAGAAACAAAGAUGUCCUAGUACAAGUAUGGGUGCCAGUGAAUAGAGGGGGUAGAGAUGUUUUAACAACGAAUGAACUUUUCUGUCUUGAUCCUAACUGUUCCAGGCUUGCUAAAUAUCGAGAUAUCUCUGUUAAUUACCAGUUCUCAACUGGGGAGGAUUCAACAGAGAUGGUCAAGGGAUUGCCUGGCCGGGUUUUCUCGGGUAAGGUUCCUGAGUGGACUCCUGAUGCUCGAUAUUUUACAAGUGAUGAAUAUCCACGGGUUGGCUAUGCUCAACAGUAUGAUGUAAGUGGAACUCUAGCCCUUCCAAUCUUUGAACAAGGUAGUAGGACUUGCUUGGGUGUAAUUGAGGUUGUUACGACCGACCAGAAGAUAAGGUAUCAACCUGACAUUGAUGGCAUUUGCAAGGCACUUGAGGCUGUUGAUCUUCGAAGUUCUAGAAAUUUGAGUACUGAAAAUGUAAAGCAGGGGUGUGACAAGCCCUAUCACGCUGCGUUACCUGAGAUCCAAGAGAUCUUGAGAUCUGCAUGUGAGACGCACAAAUUGCCCUUGGCACAAACCUGGGUGUCAUGCAUCGAACAGGGUAAAGAUGGGUGUCGACAUUCUGAUGACAACUACAUCCACUGUGUUUCAACUGUGGAUCAUGCUUGUCAUGUGGCUGAUCCUUAUAUCCAGGGUUUUCAUGAAGCGUGCUCUGAGCAUCACUUGCUAAGAGGCCAAGGCAUCGUUGGAAGAGCUUUUAUGACCAAUCAGCCAUGUUUCUCAGAUGAUAUAACUUCCUUUUUCAAGACAGAGUAUCCUCUAUCUCACCAUGCCAGGAUGUUCAAUUUGCAUGCAGCUGUUGCAAUACGUCUACGGAGCACCGACACUAGUUCAACUGAUUUUGUCCUGGAGUUCUUCUUGCCACUGGAGUGCAGGGAUCCUAAAGAACAGAAAAAGAUGCUUAAUUCACUGUCCUUGAUUAUACAACAGACAUGCCGGAGCUUACGGGUUGUCACAGACAAGGAAGUUGAGGAGGAAACUAAAUUUCAUGUCAGUGAGGUGAUAGUCCCGUCAGAUCCCGGACCAAGUAAUAUUGCCUGUUUCACAGAGGUCCAACAGAAUGGUAAUGCUGUCUCAAUGUUCCCAAACAAAAAACAACGCAAGGUGCUGAGUGUGAAAUUGUCGAAAUUAAGGCAGCAUCAGGAAUAUUCAAACCUAAAAAGUGUUGAGUGUGGAGAAGAGUUUUCUGUUUUGGGUGAGGGUGAGGGUAGCUUUUCAACUGUUGGUGCGAGUAAGACAAGAGAGAAAAGACGUGCCAAGGCAGAAAAAGAUAUCAACUUGCAAGUUCUUCGAAAAUAUUUUUCCGGUAGUCUAAAAGAUGCUGCAAAGAGUAUUGGAGUUUGCUCAACAACCUUGAAAAGGAUAUGCAGACAACAUGGGAUUAAACGUUGGCCAUCUCGAAAAAUAAAGAAGGUUGGUCACUCUUUACAGAAACUCCAACGUGUAAUCGACUCAGUUGAAGGCGCAUCUGGUGCUUUCCAAAUCAACUCUUUCUAUACGAACUUCCCAGAGCUAACGUCUCCAAAGUUAUUGGGGACCAGCCCAUUUUCAAAUUCAAAGCUGAGUGACCAACCAAAUCAGGAAAACUUGUCACCUGAAGGUGGUGAUUUUAGCCCCCAAGCUACCGCAUCAAAAUCUCCCCCAUCUUCGUGCAGUCAGAAUUCCAGUUCAAGCCAAUGCUGUUCCAGCAAGACACGGCAACAUCCCUUCUCAUGUAACGUUGCUGGUAAUGAUGAUCCAGUUGGAGAUAACUCAAGAGAUGGUGUGCUAAAGAGGGUUAGAAGUGAGGCAGGAUUGCAUGAUUUUUGCCAAGAUCGAACGGAGCUACUGCCAAGAUCCCAGAGCCAGAAAAUUCUCUCUGAGCAACAAAAUCUGCAGUCGAUUCCACCUUCACUGAAAAAUAAUGGCCGGGUAGCUCAAGUAGAGGUUCAAAGAGUAAAAGUUGCAUAUGGGGAUGAGAAAACCCGGUUCCGCAUGCAGAGUAAUUGGAGAUAUGAAGAUUUGGUGCAAGAAAUCGCAAAGCGAUUUAGCAUACAAGACAUGAGUAAUUUUGAUAUAAAAUACUUGGAUGAUGACUCAGAAAGGGUGUUGUUAACAUGUGAUGAUGAUUUAGAGGAGUGUGUGGAUGUAUGCCGAUCUUCACAGAGCCACACAAUUAAGCUCUCUCUCCAGAUUUCUCGUCACCAUUUGAAAGGUUUGAUAGGUAGACCGUCGUGAUUGUAAGAUGCUUCUCUGAGGUUGCAGACACUGAAGUAGCACAAGUUUGCAGUCAACAAAAUGGGGAUGCAUCGGUUAGCUUUAGUAGGGAUGUUCAUGGGUGCUUGGAGCGUAUGAAAUCUUUGCAAUGUAAAUAUGGAAGGUUCGGGUCGUGCGGAACGAAAAGCAAGGAUGCUGGAAAAUAGUCGUCCGGGAGAUCCCUCCAUCUGAAACUGCAGGCUGGCUUAACUCUACUUUGCUGGUCUAUCAGUAUUAGCUAGCUGUUAGUGAUUUCCCUCUUUUUUUUUUCUUUCUUUUGUUAAUUACAAGUUAGUUAAUGGAUGUCUGUAUAUUAUUGACAUAUGUUUUUUUGCCAAUUAAAUAGCCCUGUUUAUUUAUUUACGUA